AUGUUCCAGCGCCUUCGCGGAGCCAUCGACGCCAGAAUAGCAGAAGAGCAAGCGCGCCAGAAAGCCACCACGCCGACGACACCUGCGCGAUCCAGCUCAACAACACGGCGGUCCAAUUCGCGGAACCUCUCGCCCUCGAAGCGAACAGCGAGAUCGAAAGAUGCCGACAGCAGCAAGACGGCGCCGGCAGGGAAGGGCCCUGACCCCUCAGAGUUUGACCCCGAGUUCGUCAUAGGAGAGGAAGAAGAUCAGCCGAGUCGAGCCGGCACACCGCGACCUAAGGAGAAGGCGCAGCCCACAGAAGCCAGUGCUGAGAAUGGCGAUGGCAAGAAGGAGGAGACAGAGGGACCGACUGCUGAAGUAGAAGAGAAGCCAGAACAGCCACCGGAGAUACCACCAGAGGCCAAAUUGCGGCUGCGCAGAUUAGACAAACUUGAGCCCAAGUAUACUGAGCUCCUCCGGUCGUACCGCAUCGCACACGCCAGAGUGGGCGCAAUCGAGGCCUUUGAGAGCUCCCUCCGCGAAUACACGCCCCUCACCUCCAUUAGCGACACUGGCGCAUUUGUCGAAUACCUAGGCCAACUCAACGUCAAGAGUGAUAUGCUCAUGGAGGAACUCAAGCGGGUGUCCAAAGAACGCGAUGAGCUCAACAAAAAGCUCGAGGAUGCAGAGAAACGCGCAAAGGAGGCCACAGACGAGGUGGAGACUCUAAAGUCACAGGCGCCGGCGACCAACGAGGCUGCACAGGAUGACUCUACCACGCAGACUGAAUCCGUCGCACCUUCAUCCCCUUCCAAAGCGUCCAAGCAGACCGAGACCACCGAAGAGACCGAAGACUUCUUCUCGUACGAUAGCGAACUGCCUCGCUUGCAGUCCCAGCUACAAGAGAGCGAAGAGAAGAUCGGAAAGCUCGAAGAGGAGAACAAGUCGCUCAAGAAUGAGCUUUCCACGGCGCAAGAGUCCGCUCAGUCGUUCAUGCAAAACUUGGAGACUACUACAAACGAUUUAAACACGUUCAAGGAUACGCAUCAAAGGCUAUCAAAAGACGCCGAUGAUCGUGAGAAAGAGCUCAACAACACAAUCGCUGAUCUCAAGUCAAAAGUUGACAGUGCCGAAGGAGAGCUCCAGAAACACAAGGAUACGCAUGACCAAAGUGAAAAGACCAUCGCCGAGCUCAAGGCUAAGCUCGAUUCAACGGCCAAAGAACUCGAGGAUCUACAUGCAGAUAAGGGAGAGAAGAUUGUGGAAAACGAUCAGGUGCAAGAGCUUCAACGGCGAAUCGAAGAGCUCCAGGGUGAACUUUCUCAACUGCGCGAAACACACGCCAAGGCCGAGAAGCGGAACGAUACCAUGGACGGGCUGCUUAGCAAAGUGCGCGAACAACUCAAGACUACAGAGACGAAGCGUGACAGUGCCUUGGCUGACCUCGAACAAGCAAAGAAAGACUUGCAGAAAGCUAAUGACGAGAAGAAGACGACCAAACCAGAGCCGGUCCAACUACCACAAGCAACUCCUGCUCAAGCUCCCCAAAGCGCAGCGGCAAAGAAGAGGGCUCGUAACAAGAAGAACAAGAAGGGAGGAAACGGGCCCGCAGCUAGCGGAGCGUUGACGCCCGAAGCAACCCCUAGUGAAGCUGGAGACACUGAAGGGCUACUCAGCCCUCGUGAUGCAGAGUUCACACCAUCACAACUUGAGGAUGCUUUGAAGAACGUUGCACAACUGAAGUCUGAUCUAGAAGAGAAGGCUGCAGCAAUUGACGAACUGCAGACUGAGGUGGCUGAGAAGGCAUCAUCUAUCGACCUGCUCAAAAAGAAGGCCAAGGACCAGGAAGAUAUGCAGGAAGAGAUCGACACUUUGCGUCAGGAUCUUCUUGAUUACGGCCUUGAGCAUACUGAGGCUAAGGACAAGGUCAAGAGGUUGCAAGCCGAAAAGGCGGCACUUCAGGAGAACCUGAGCAAGCUGGAGGCUGAGAUCGCCGAACUGAAGACUAGCAAAGCGUCUCAGGAGUCAUCGCAGCAAGAGAGAGAGGCACUGACGGCAGAGUUCACAGAGCUAAAGUCAAAAGCAGAAACUCUGAAGAUUGAUCUUUCGGUUGCAGAGAAGCUUGCUGCAUCUCGCUUCAAAGACCUCACCGACAUGAGAGAGGUGUUGCAAAAGGCGCAGCCUGAGCUUACGUCGUUGCGCAAGGAGGUGGCCGAGUUACGCACUACCAAGGAUGAGCUGACCAGCAAGACUACGGAAGUCCGGCGAUUGGAAAACCGCGAGAAAGAUCUCAGGUCGGAAAUCACCGAAUACCGGUCCCAGCUAUCAACCAAGGAAAGCGACAUCAAAACUCUCAAUGACAAAAUCAAACAGGAAACCAGCCAGAGGCUUGCGCUGGAGGAGACGAACAGAAAGAUUCAGCGAGACCUUCAGAACUCCGAGACGGAGCGGGAAGACGUCAUCGAAGCCCGGAACAAGGUGGCGACAGAGUUGAUGAAGGCAAAAGUCGACCUCAAAGCAUCACGCGGGAAGGUGCAGGAUCUGGAAGAAGAAGUCGCGAAGCUCACUCGCGAAGUGGGGAGCCUACGUGAAGAAAUUCAGAUGAAGUCAGCCCAAUCUGCGAGCGCGCAAGACUUCGUGAGCAGCAUGCAGGACCAGGUACAAGAGAUGAGUACUCAGAUGAAAGAAGUGCGCUCCCGAAGCGAGAGCCUGGAAGAGGAGCUUGCCGACGCGCAUCGUCUGCUCAGCGAACGCGGACGCGAAGCUGAGACGAUGAGAAGGUUGUUGAAUGACGCUCAAGGACGAGCUGAAACACGUGUGCGUGAGAUGCAGGAGCGCCUCGACCUUGCAGUUGAGGAGCGCGAGCGUGCAGAGGAGCAAGCCAGCACAUUCAGCCGCCGACGAGCCCGGGAGCUUGAGGAACUGAAGCAGAAGGUCCGCGACGCUGAACGUGCACAAGCGCGCGCUGUUGAGGACAAAGAAGACCUUGUGAUUUCUGAAAGGGAGCUCCGCAAGCAGACAGAAGAUCUCGAGAGGCGGGCCGCACAGGCUAGCGAAGAAGCUUCAGAAGUCAGGCUCGCCAUGAGCCAACUCCGGGACGCACUUGAUGAAAGUGAGAAGCAGGCUCACGAAUUGGAAAAAGAAAAGAGCGAUUUGCGACGGGCAUUCGACGAGACCCAAGGCCGUAUGGAGAAGCUUCAAAAGUCUAGCAAAACAAUGUCCGACGAGCUACGAACUUUGAAGACACGUGGCCCUGAGUCCGUUGCUCAAUCCUCGAGAUCCUCGAUUGAGUCAUCACGAUCGCGCAUAGCGUCACCGAUACCAAAGGGCGGUGGAGCUGUUGCAGAAGCAAUCGACUACGUGUACUUGAAGAACGUAUUGUUACAGUUCCUCGAGCAACGUGACAAAAAGUACCAGCAACAACUCAUCCCCGUACUGGGAAUGCUCCUGCACUUCGACAAGAAGGACGAGCAGAAGUGGAUGGCAGCGGUCUCGGCCAAGUAG